AUGGCCACAGCGGCCCAUGUCGAGCUGGACCCUGCCAACGCCGGUGUCUAUCAUGUCCCAGACAUUAAAGCCGAAUCCUCCAAUAUUGGCAGUCGCCUUCUGCAGGAGAACCAUGACAAGUAUCACAUGUAUUUUAACAGGAGUGGCUUCCAUAACCAUAUUGCACACCACCUGUUGACCAUCUAUGCACUGGGCGCAACGCCCGACGAGAUCCAACAAGCUUUUGACAACAAUAAGACCUACCAGAGGCCACAGUAUCCGGUUGAGAAACAGAAUGUGCAGACAAUGUCGGAUCCUGAACAGUUCCGCAAGUUCCUGGGUAAGGAGCAAUACUUCCACGACUUUGAAAUCUUCUUCCGCCAGGAGAUUGAACACAAGGGGUGGGAGGCCGUUUUGAAUGAGCACGUCUUUGCUAAAACCGAGCAUGCUGACCGAAUGCUUGGGAGGAUGUUCGCAGGGUUUCUACACCCACUUAUCCACCUGGGAUUCGGCGUCGAAUUCAGACAGCCAGCGAUCAUUGUAGAAGCACUCGCUCAGGCUGCCAUACAUGACGGGUGGACCGGAAAUUACCUGCAUGCCGCAGAAGACGCCGCCCGACAGUCCAAGUCCUCGAAGAGCUUGGUUCAACUCAUUCACGAAAGUACCAAGAACGAAAAACUGCGUACGUCGGCCCAUUGGGAUGACGGCAACAAGUUGCGAGACGGCGUCUUCGUCCGCGCCUCCGAUGAAAUGGUAGCGCUUGCAGCUCAAUGGACUGUACAGCCUGAUCAGCUGGAGAAGAAAACAGCAGAAAUGAUCAACGCCGCCGUGUACUUUACUGGAGCAGCACAGCGUCCGACGAAGGAGAUCAAGUUCGACUUCUUCUUCAUGCACUGCGUGAAUUGCUCCAUCUUCUUCUCGGCAUUCAUCAAACAGCCAUGGUUGAGCAUGGGAAACAAAUGCAGGCUUCUGGAGUGGAAAGGGCGGCUGGAUCUCGCCAUGUAUGUCUCCAGAGGUUGCCCGAAGCUCCUGAUGGACGAGAUCAAGAACUACAAACCUAGGAAACCUGAUGAUGGAUGGGCUGAGAUUAUACGACGGGUCGACAAAUUCCCUGACGACGGACAUGCCAGUAAGCUGAUCCGUGCCCUGGCCAACGGCGAACAGGUUUGUAGGGAUUUCAAGGAUGAGCCCGAUGAUGUGUUCCCGAUCAAAGGCAACAUGUGGCUACAAUUGGGCCAUAUGGCUAUCGACUCGGUGGAAGCCAGUGAGCCGAACUGGGUCAGGUCGACCGGCUUUGAUGAAGCAUGGGAAAAGAUACCAGAGAGAGCCAGGCUCUGA